AUGGCCGAAGAUUAUAAACAACUUUAUGAAACUAGGGAAAAUUAUGAUGUGAUUAUUUACACCGGUGAAGAACCUAAUUCUGAAGAAAUUCAUGCUCAUUCUUUGGUACUUCGUACUAGAUCAACUUAUUUUCGUGGGGCUCUUGCUUCUGAUUGGGCAAUAAAAGAUAAAGAUAAUGGUUGUUUUUCUUUCAAAAAACCUAAUAUCUCUUCAUCAAUCUUUGAACUUAUCCUUAAAUUUCUAUAUUGUGGGGAAGUAGAUAUUCAAGAUCAAGAAGGAGAAACGAUCUUAGAUCUUUUGAUUUCUUCGGAUGAACUUGGUCUUACAUCACUUAUUGACCAUGUUCAACAAUAUUUUAUUGCAAAUCAGAAAAGCUUUUUACAACAAAAUCCUGUAGGCAUGCUUCAUAUGGCCGCUCGUCAUGAAACAUUUAAUGAGAUUGGAAAGUUUGCUUUGGAGACUAUUUGUGCAAGCCCUGACAUUUUAUUUGAUUCAAAUAAUAAGUUUCAUGAAAUUAGCAUGCCAGAUUUUUAUCAUAAAGUAUUCCCAUAUAUGUCUAUUCUUCCACAUCAUCUAUAUGAUGAUAUUUUACGCUGCUAUAUGGUUCCUAACGCAGUACCUCUUUAUAAUGAAUUUCCUCCUAGGAAUAGACGCAUUUCAUCCCAUUCUUACGCGAUAUAUUGUCAUAGUGGUCAUGGACCAAAUUUUGGUAGUGGGGAUUUACAUCUUAAUGGAAAUUAUGUAUAUGCUAAUGGUAAUGGAUAUUAUCCCAGUAUUGGCACUCCAAAUGGUUCACAAAUUGAGGAUUAUGAAGUGUUUCAA